GAGAAACUUCAUCAGGGUCUUCUCUUGAGCCUACCCCUGCGAGACUACAUGGAUGAAUUGUCUUUUGCAGACACUGUUCGACAACGAUGGGAGGCAAAAGAGCUAGGCAUCACUCUGAAAGGGAGUGCCUGCGAGGAUCUUGAUUCGGAAACGGUGCUCAACGCCACCAUUGAUGCGUGGACCGGCAGGGCGGGCAUGAGGGUCGUGCAGAAGUUCACGGAUCUGUUGUGUGCUCCACAGGAUGCUACGUGCUGGAAGCCAUGGGACUCUGCCCGUUGUCAGGCCACAUUUGCAUCUACCGCCGAAUUGCUACUUCUCUCCAUGGCAGACUCUUGGCGACGCUUGGUAUUCGCACGCGAGCGGCAGCCCUACGAAGUAUUCGGCAUUGUGCAAACCACCCCGGAACAGGCGGCGGUAUACCUGAAACAGCUUCUGCAAGAGAAAGAGCAUUGCCUCAACUGCGUGCAUCCUCCUUUCACAGGAGUUAUCUUGGAUUUUUUCCUUUCGCAAGGCGAAGACGAAGGGGCUGCUCGCGCUAUCCAGGCAGCGUUGCGUGACACUGCCAUGAGUGCCAGUUGUUCCUCUCAGGCAGUCGAGAAGAUGCAUGCGCAUGUCCAGGUGGCGCAGAACACUUCGCACAAUCCUGGGCCCCGUCCUCGCACGGUCCAGCGUGAGACAUACAUCUUGUCCGCUCGACUUGCUCACGCACGCCUGAAGGGUUUGAUUGAGCAGGAGGUGUUUGGGCCCAAUGGUUUGUCUCGGGCACGCAAGCUCAUGGGCACCAGGGUGGUUUCCCGAUCAAAGGCAAGCAACACGUCCUUGAGAGCAUACGUGCCAAAAGAGGGAGCGUCGGUGCGACGUCAGCGCGCCUUUGUGCGGCAGCAUGUUCUGAAACUCCAGAAGACCAAGCGCACACAGGCAGCCCCAAACACGUGGCAUGCCUUUUUGACCUUCAAGAAGGGUCAGAAGUUGAGAGACGAUUCGCAAGGUCUGUCAGACUCUUAUCAUGCAAUGAUGAGAGACCCAGUGCAAAGGCAGCAGCUUCAGGAUAAGGCAGUGCAAAUGGCAGAUGACAGGAAUGCGCUUGCAAACAACGUGCUUGGUUCAAACGUUGACACGCCAAGCUUAUCUCAGGGCCAGAAACGACGGCUGGGGCAUGUGCAGCUCGACAAGUCUCUUGUGGCUCUUGUGCAGCACCCAGCCUGGAAGGAGGGGCUGCGCGUCCAUGACAGCAACACAGCUCUCGCUGCUCAUCAUGUGAUUGGUGAGGAGGACGAUGGUCACCCCGCUUCCGCCAGCUACCGUAAGCAGGCUGCUGAAGCUGUGUACGGGUUCGACAGCAAGAUCGUUCAGAAUCCAGAACGGCUGCCCACCCUCAGCCGCACGUGUCGCGAGAUGCACGGUGGUUUAUGCUGCCGCAAGACGCCCAACUGUGACCAGGCCGACCUGUAUGUGGAGCAGUUUCACCAUGUGCUGAAGCAACACAAGCUGGAUCAGCCAGGCGUGUUCAUCCGCUUGGCGUACCCGGACGGAGGCUGUCAGUCUGCACAGGAGGCAAAGUGGUUCUGCGUUGGUUCUAUGCAGAAGAUGCGACCGAUCAUCAUGCAUGUCUUGGUGCACUUCAUGCCCAGCUCAGAGGACGAGACAAGCAACGUUCUUUGCUUAGAAACGGUGCGUUGCUUCAACGACGAGAAGCGCGCGCGGAUAUCUACAUCCCACCAAAUCUUUAGUACUCUGCAUGCCCAACGCGGAGAUCGGUCCGAGGACAUUGCUGUGUCUGUUUGGAAACAGUUGCCGGCCGCUGCCUCCCAGGAGAACGGAAAUCAUUUCCUGGCGGUCUCCGCCCCUGACGCGAAGGAUGUGCUGGGACCUUCGUUCAAAGCGGAUGUUGCUCAGAAGGCUGCGCCAGAGCCCCAGGCCCCGUCGUAA